AUGAUAAUGUUAGGUAUUAAAGAAAACAAAGAUGAUAAUUUACAAAUAAAUAUUGUUGAAGUGAUACCUAGUGAAGAAGAAAACGAGAAUGAUCUAUUAAAACAUCAUAAUGGUAUCUAUUGGAGACUUCUUUUUCUUAAUUUAGUUGUAUUAUGGGCAUAUCAAUCAUUAAUAUCUGCACAAAAUUAUUAUAUUAAAUUUUUUCCACAUGAUCAUUUAGAUUUUUGGGGAACAGUAUCAGCAGGUACAUCAAUGUUUAUAUUACAUGUAAUCCAAUUAUAUUUUGGAGUUUAUAAAUAUGGUUUUACAAAACGUGUUGUACCUGGUUUUAUUAUUUAUAUAAUAAUAGCAAUAUUUGUAAUGGCUAUAAAAAAUAAAUAUGUAUUAAUAAUUGCUUUUGCAAGUGUUGGUGGUGUUAAUACAAUAACUGAAUCACCAAUCUAUGGUAUAGCUGGUUUAUUUACAACAGGUUCAUUUACUCAAGCUGUUCAAGUCGGUAAUGGUAUGGCUGGAUUUUUAAAUGUUUGUGCAAAUACAAUAAUUCGUUUAAUUGUAUUAGCAGCACAUAGUCAUAUUGAUGAAGAUCAAUUAUCAUUUUAUAUAUUUAUGAGUGUAUUAAUUGUUUUAUGUAUUUUAGCUAUUUAUAUUUAUUAUAGUUUAAUUAAUCUUCCACCAGUUAAUCUAAGAAUAAAUCAACAAAUGGCUUCAUUUCAACAAAACAAUCUUAAUGAUGUUGCUGAAUUGCAUCAGACUGAAAAUGAACUUUCAUUUUGGGAAUUAACAAACAUUUUAAAAGUUCAUUUAUUUGUUCAAUUUUAUGUUCUAUUUAUAAGUUUAUUAUUAUGGCCAGGUAUACCAUGUAGUGCAUCAAGGACUGGUUGGUUUAAUUCCGAUGGAAAAGUUUGGUGGUGUUCACCAUUUAUUAUAAUGACAUUUAAUUUUGGAGAUCUUAUUGGUCGUACACUUGCUGUUAAAGUUCAUAAAUAUUUUUCCGAAUGGAUUUGUUUAUUUUCUGCUCUUUCAAGAAGUUUAUUUAUUCUAAUUAUAGUUUUUCGUCAUAGUAUCGAUAGUAUUCUUCUUCUUUGUUUAAUAACAUUUAUGGGUUUAACAAAUGGUCUUCUUGCAACAGUUACAUUUAUGGUUCGUCCACCAGCAAUUGUUGGAGUUAAUAAUUGUGAAAGAGCUGCUUAUUUAAUGACUGCUUCUCUUUAUUUUGGUAUUGCAUUAGGAUCUAUUGUUGCAGCUAGUUUAUCAUUAACUGGUGUUCUUUAA